AAAAAGUUUUUGAUAAAAAAUAGUAAAAUAGGAUAAAGCAGAUGUUUAGUCUGGCAACAUUGGUCUUCAGAUUUGUGCGCCGGUCUCGCACGUGAACGUGUUGCAAAAAUCUCAAUAAAUUAGUGAAAUCACCAUGUCGGACGAAUAUUUCUAUGGUGUUACCCUAUCUGCCUCCAAACAGUCGGAGACAUGGGACCCCGAAGCGAAGGCAGAGUACCCCCGCAGCAACAAACUCCUCAUCCGCCAAGCACUCUUAGGACCAGAUGCCAAGCCCGAUGAACUCAAUGUAGUCCAGGUGGAGACAAUGUCCCUACAGGACUCAAUCAAGAUCCCAGUAGCCGUGUUGAAGGCAGGGGAGAACAGACAUGCUCGCUUAGAUAUUGAAUUCCCUGACGCACCAGUCACAUUCACACUUAUUCAGGGUUCGGGCCCAGUGCAUUUGAUUGGCCAGCACUUGCUGGGAGCGCUUGUGGAGGAGUUUGAAGACAUGGAGGAGAUGGAGGAAGAGAUGCUGGAUGAGGAGGAGGGAGAUGACUCUCAGUUCAAGGAAGAUGAAAAUAAACGAAAAUCCUCAGCAGGCAAGCGCAAGGGCAAUGAGGAUGAAGACGACGAGGAGGGAGAGCCCAAGGGCAAGAAGGCGAAAAUCUCCAACAACGCCAAAGGCAAAGCGCCCUCGCCCAAAAAGAACGCUAAGAAGUGAGCCGCCUACCCAGUCAGCGACCGCGCCCCCCCCAGCCUACUGGACGCACCCCUUCAGUCCUGCAACCCGUGACACUGUUAAGACUGAGCGGCCGAAGCGGCUGCUAUUGAACAUUUGUGUAGGUACACGUACCUAAUGUGAUCAGAUAGUAUUCUUUACGUUAAGGAGCGGCCAGUAAGGUCUCAGGCGGGAGGCGCGGUCGCGGGGAUCAUCCUAGUUGUAACUAGAAUGGUAAUUCUGUCAUAGGUUUAGCGUUGUAACAACAUGCGUGAGCGAGUGAGUGAGUGAGCGUAUUAUUUUUGUGUUAGCUACUUACUGGUCGAAGUGAUGUCCAAUCCAAGUGGUUACCGACGGUCGAGUGUGACAAAACACUUAAUUUUUUUAAUUAUAUUUUUUCUAAACUAAAUUCACCAUUCCUUAUUGUGGUAUAGUUAUGAAUGUGAAAUGUAAUAUUUAAGUCUUAUUCAUGCUGUAUUUUUAAGUUAAACUCUACUUAAGGCGUAAGCAUAAUCAGUGUACUAAAGACAUUGGUAAUUUGUUGAAAUAGCCGUGGACAGAAUUAUAAAAAUUGAAUUUUUCUAACGAUUUCUCAAUUCUGAAUGAAACCCUGAUAAUCUACUAUAGUUUUUUUGUACAUAUAAAAACAUAAGGACGGUAACAAUAAAAUAAAACCAUUUCUAAACAUCCA